UCGGUUCCUGCGCGAGGACAGAGGCCACUUCGGGAGCAGCAGCUUUGAAGACGUCUCCGGCGGACAGCACACGGGAUGCACGCGGCUCUGUUUGUCCCCCCGAACCCGCAUCUUCCCCGCUCCUCCAUGUCUGCCCCCUCCGCCACCUGGAACGGGCGCUUUCUCUCCGGCUGCUGACUUUGGAAACAAGAAGAAGAAGAAGAAGAAGAAGAAAAGGUCCGGCAGAAGAAGCCCAGCUCCUACAAACUGGAUGCAAUUACCUUCCGUCUCAUUUUUAUUUUUAUUUUUUAUAUUUCCCUGCGCACGUUAGUGAGUGGAAACUGGUGCUAUGGCUACGUUCCUGAAGAGUUUGCUCUGGAUGCUUUCCUUGAUUCCAUGUCUGAGAUGUGACGCCGAUUCAAGUUUGUCAGUGGAUACAGAUGGUCUGGCUGAAGCUCAGAGUGGAGCUGCACCCACAGCUGAAGGUUAUUUCCUGGAGUUCCAGGAGCCGGUCAACAACAUCACCCACUUCCAGGGCCAGACAGCCACGCUGCACUGCAAAGUGACAGGAAACCCACGACCGUCCAUCCGCUGGCUGAAAAACGACGCCCCUGUGGUGCAGGAGCAGGGACGCAUAACCAUCCGCAAGACCGAUGCGGGAUCCAAGCUCCGCAUCCAGGACCUGGACACGACAGACACCGGCUAUUACCAGUGCGUCGCCUCCAACUCAGUCAAGGUCAUCUCUGCCACAGGCGUCCUGUACGUCAAACUUGGACAGAUGCCCACACAUGGCCCAGAUGAACCGUCGCGUGAAAAAGGUUUCUGCCAGCCAUACCGAGGCAUUGCCUGUGCUCGUUUCAUUGGCAACCAGAGCAUUUAUGUUGAGUCCCUGCAGAUGCAGGGGGAGAGUGAGAACCGCAUUACUGCCGCCUUGACUAUGAUUGGCACCUCCACCCACCUAUCGGACCAGUGCUCCAGGUUUGCCAUCCCGUCCUUCUGCUACUACGUCUUCCCGCUGUGUGACGAGGGCUCUCGGGCCCCCCGGCAGCGCCAGCUCUGUCGUGAUGAGUGCGAGGCCCUGGAGAACGACCUGUGUCACACCGAGUACACCAUCGCCCGGUCCAAUCCCAUGAUCCUCAUGCAGCUGGAACUCCCCAGCUGCCCCCUGCUGCCGCGGCCGGGCACUGCCGAAGCUGCUUCCUGUAUGAGGAUAGGAGUGCCAGCAGAAAAACUGGGUCCAUAUUCCCCCUCGGACCACAGCUGCUACAAUGGAAGCGGGGAUGACUACAGGGGCACACUGAGCAUCACUGUGUCGGGCCAUCACUGCCAGCUGUGGAGCGCUCAGUACCCUCACAGCCACCACCUGUCCCAGGAGUACCCCGAGCUCUGGGGAAGUCACAACUUUUGCCGUAACCCGGGGGGCCAGAUGGAGGCGCCCUGGUGUUUCACCCUGGACCCUCAGGUCAGGGUGGAGCUGUGUGACAUCCACCCCUGCAAGCCUCCAGAGAACCCCAGGAAGGAGAUCCUGUUCAUUCUAAUCCCUGCGAUCGCCAUCCCGUUGGUCAUUGCUUGCCUCUUCUUUCUGGUUUGCAUGUGUCGCAAUAAGCAAAAGGAAUCGUCGGACACACCACUCCGCUGCCAGCUCAGCGGCUCACCUAGCCCGGACAUGGAGCUGUCUCUCCUCAGUCAGCAGAAACAGCAGGCCAAGCUGCGGGAGAUUAACAUGUCAGCAGUACGCUUUAUGGAGGAGCUUGGCGAGGAUCGCUUUGGCAAGGUUUACAAGGGCCACAUGUACGGCACGGCACCUGGCGAGCAGACCCAAGUGGUGGCCAUCAGAACAUUAAAGGACAAAGUGGAUGCCACUCUCUGUGAGGAAUUCCGCCACGAAGCCAUGCUCCGCUUUCACAUCCAACACCAAAAUAUUGUCUGUCUGCUGGGUGCGGUCACUAAAGAGCAGCCAAUGAGCAUGAUAUUCACCUACUCCGGCCUUGGCGACCUGCACGAGUAUCUGGUGAUGCGCUCCCCUAACUCAGACGUUGGCAGCUCAGAUGAUGGCAAGACAGUCAAAUCCACACUGGAGCAGGCUGAUUUCCUUCAUCUUAUCACCCAGAUUGCUGCCGGAAUGGAGUACCUUUCCAGCCAGCAAGUAGUCCAUAAAGACCUUGCUGCCCGAAACAUUCUGGUCUUUGACAAACUCAGCAUCAAGAUCCUGGACCUGGGCCUGUUCCGAGACGUCUACUCUGCUGAUUACUACAACCUCAUGGGCACAAGCCCUUUCCCCAUUCGUUGGAUGUCCCCAGAAGCUAUUAUGUAUGGCAAGUUCUCUACCGACUCGGACAUCUGGUCUUACGGGGUCUUGCUGUGGGAGACUUUCAGCUACGGUCUGCAGCCAUACUGUGGCUACUCCAACCAGGACGUGAUCGAGAUGGUACGCAGCCACCAGCUCCUGCCUUGUCCAGAUGACUGCCCAUCCUGGAUCUACACCCUCAUGCUGGAGUGUUGGAGCGAGUUCCAAGCAAGAAGGCCUCGCUUCAAGGACAUCCACACACGCCUGCGCUCCUGGGAAAGCCUGUCCAACUAUAACAGCUCUGCUCAGACAUCUGGCACCAGCAACACCACCCAGACCAGCUCUCUCAGCACCAGCCCGGUUAGCAACAUCAGCAUGAGCACAGCCAAUGCGUCGCGCUACACCAGCCCUAAAAAGAGCUUGCCAUUCCAUCAGCCCCAGUUCCUGCCCAUGAAGGGUCAAAUGCACCGGCAGAUGGUGCCGCAGCAGCUCUACAUCCCUGUCAAUGGAUACCACCCCAUGCCGGCUUACCAAUACCUACAGAACUUUUACCCCAUGCAGAUACCCAUGCCCAUGCCCCACCAGCAGAUGCACCACCCGCCACAGAUAGUUAGCAAAGCUGGUUCUCACCACAGUGGCAGUGGAUCCACAUCUACAGGCUAUGUCACCACUGCCCCCUCCAACACUUCUGUCACAGAGCGAGCAGCUUUACUAAACGAGGACUCCAAGACCAAUGAUGAUGGAUCUCAAUAA